UCAAAAAAGACCCAUCAAAUGAACAAUUAAUCCAGCUAGCCAAGCCUUCCAAGGUUGAAUCAUUUUGCAUUUGAUUGGUCCAAAACUGGAGCCUUGUUAAUAAUGGUACUGCAUGAGCUGAAGUGAUGCGGAUGUUUAUAUAUAUAUAUAAACAAAUAUGCAGUAUGUGGAUGCUCAAAGUUGCAGAAGGGCAUGGUCCAUGGCUGUACAGCCUCAACAACUAUCUUGGCAGGCAGAUCUGGGAGUUCGAUCCUGAAGCUGGGACCCCAGAAGAGCGAGAAGAGGUCAGGAAAGUCCAGGAGAAUUUCACAAAGAAUCGGUUUCGCUACAAACCUAAUGGGGAUCUCCUAAUGAGGAUGCAGCUUAUCAAGGAAAACCAAAUAGAUUUGAGCAUACCACCAGUGAGGCUGGGAGAAAAGGAAAAAGUAACAUAUGAAGCAGUGACAACUGCAGUGAAGAAAGCUGUGAGGCUGAAUAGAGCCAUCCAGGCCAAGGAUGGUCACUGGCCUGCUGAGAAUGCUGGUCCUUUGUUUUUCACGCCUCCUUUGAUCAUGGUGCUAUACUUUACUGGGACCCUGAAUAUAGCCCUAACACCGGAACACAAAGUGGAGCUUCUUCGCUACAUUACUAACCAUCAAAAUGAAGAUGGUGGGUGGGGAUUCCAUAUCGAGGGGCACAGCACAAUGCUUGGAACAACCCUCAGCUACAUCUCCAUGCGUAUACUAGGAGUAGGACCUGAUGACAAGGUUGUGGCAGCAGGAAGGAAAUGGAUUCUCGAUCGUGGCGGUGCAACUUAUUCACCAUCUUGGGGGAAGUGUUAUCUCUCGGUGUUUGGACUGUAUGAAUGGUCUGGCUGCAACCCUUUGCCACCAGAGUUCUGGCUUUUCCCUUCAUAUUUGCCCAUGCAUCCAGAUAAAAUGUGGUGCUACAGUCGAACAGUUUACAUGCCUAUGUCGUAUUUAUACGGCACAAGAUUUCAGGCACCCAUUACCGAUCUAGUUCUACAAUUGAGGGAAGAAAUGCACACUGAACCAUACCAUGAAAUCGAUUGGGCUAAAGCGCGACUUUUAUGCACAAAGGAGGAUUACUACUACCCCCAUUCCCUAAUACAAGACAUGAUUUGGGGUGGGCUUUAUCACUUUGGUGAGCCGAUUCUGAAACGUUGGCCCGUCUCCAAAAUUAGAGAGACGGCUGUAAAGAAAGCAAUUGAAAUCAUUCACUGGGAAGAUGAGAAUAGUAGAUAUCUGACUCCUGGGUGUGUGCACAAGGCUUUCCACAUGAUGGCUGUUUGGGCAGAGAAUCCAGACUCAAAUUUAAACGCUUUCAAGCAUCACCUUGCCCGAAUUCCCGACUACUUAUGGUUGGCAGAGGAUGGAAUGAAAGUGCAGAGUUUUGGGAGUCAGCUAUGGGACGCUUCUUUUUGCAUUCAAGCCAUCCUGGAAAGUGGUAUGGUUGAAGAAUACGGGACUGCUCUCAAGAAAGGUCAUGACUUCAUUAAAUUAUCACAGUGUCAAGAAAAUCCAUCUGGUGAUUACCGGAGUAGGUAUCGUCACUUUUCAAAAGGAGCCUGGACUUUCUCUGAUCGCGAUCAUGGUUGGCAAGUCUCUGACUGCACAUCCGAAGCAUUGAGGGUCUUGCUGUUACUAUCACAAUUUCCAGAAGAACUUGUCGGGGAAAAGGCCGAACCUCAGUGCUUAUUUGAUGCCAUCAAUUUCCUCUUCUCCUUUCAAGGCAAAAGUGGUGGUUUAGCUCUUUGGGAGCCAGCAGGAGCUGAAGAAUGGUUGGAGAAGUUGAAUCCUUCAGAACUUUUUGCCAACAUAGUCACCGAGCAUGAGUAUGUGGAAUGCACAUCAUCAGCUAUCCAGACUCUCCUGUUGUUCAAGAAAUUGUAUCCUAAUCAUAGAAGGAAAGAAGUAGACAACUUCAUUGAAAAGGCAACCGGUUAUGUUGAGAAUGUACAGAGGCCCGAUGGAUCUUGGUAUGGUGGCUGGGGAAUUUGCUUCACCUAUGCUGCAUGGUUUGCAUUAUCAGGGUUAGCUGCUGUUGGGAAAACAUACUCAAACAGCAAAACCGUUCGUAAAGGUGUCGAUUUUUUGCUUUCAAAGCAGAAGGCAAAUGGUGGUUGGGGAGGGAGCUAUCUUUCAUGCCCAGACAUGGAAAUCACUGGAGUCUUCAUGAAUAACUGUAUGCUACACUAUGCGAGCUAUAGAAACAUCUUCCCAACAUGGGCUCUUGGAAUGUACCGUAGACGUGUUCUGAAGCCUUCCCAGAAGCUCUAAGCACUAAGCUCAAGUAGAAAGGUUUCCUCUAUAUGCUUUCUUGUUCUUUGUUUAAACCAAAAUAAGGUGUUUCGUCAUAUGUUAAUGUACUCAUCUUAAAUGUAUAAGUCAAUACAAGCUCAAUAGUAAUAUAAAAAUGGAAGUCUUCGACAUCUUCUGUCAUUUGAAAACUUUCA